UUUGCAAGCAGCUCCAACUGGAGGCCCGGACAAGCAACGACAUUUUGAAAGGUCGACGGCUCACGAUCAACUCGCACCACGACCACGACCACGUCCACGCCCUCUCCCACCGACAACCUCUCCCAUCCACCACCAUGGCGAGCAAACUCACCCACUUCGUCACCCGGUCCGCCCUCCGGUGCGCCUCGCGGGUCGCCCGUCCCCAGUCCCGCGCCUUCUCCCUCACAGCCCGCCGACCGAGCGACGUCCUCAUGGUGCACCGAAACACCGCCGACAACAACCCCGAAAUCCCCUUCAAGUUCAACGAGCAGAAUCAGGCCGUCAUUGCCGAGAUCCUCAAGCGAUACCCCCCCCAGUACAAGAAGGCCGCCGUCAUGCCCCUGCUCGACCUCGGCCAGCGCCAGCACGGCUUCACCAGCAUCAGCGUCAUGAACGAGGUCGCCCGCAUGCUCGAGAUGCCCCCGAUGCGCGUCUACGAGGUUGCGUCCUUUUACACCAUGUACAACCGAACCCCCGUGGGCAAGUUCUUUGUCCAGAUCUGCACAACGACCCCCUGCCAACUCGGCGGCUGCGGCUCCGACUCUAUCGUCAAGGCCAUCAAGGACCACCUCGGCAUCAAGCAGGGUGAGACCACCGCCGACGGUCUCUUCACCAUCCUCGAGGUCGAAUGCCUCGGCGCCUGCGUCAACGCCCCCAUGAUCCAGAUCAACGACGACUACUACGAGGACCUUACCCCCAAGACCGUCGUCGAGCUGCUCACCGCCCUGAAGGAGAGCGCCACCGCCGCCAACCCCUCCUCCGUCAAGGUCCCCGCGCCUGGUCCCCUGAGCGGCAGAGAUACGUGCGAGAACAGCGCUGGAAAGACUAACUUGCUGGAUGAGCCUUGGGGAGUUGAGAAGACGCGGGCGGACUUGUAGAACAAAUUGUUUAUUAAACGGGACCUUUCACUUUGAUUUCUUGGGUCGCGAUGAAAGUGAUGGAAAAGGCUUCGGAGAGGGCCGAGGACUGUACAUAACACUGCGUUAAAUGCUAGCAAAUGGU